AUGUUGAGUGUAAUUCGAAGAAAACUCCGACACUUUUAUUCAAGGAUGUUGUGGCUACUAUGGAAGCGUCCCAGGUCUAAAGUUGUUAUCAAAAGGUUUAGAAAAUUGAACUGUAAGGGUCACUCUAGAGCAGAAAUGUGUAACAGCAUAUCUAAAAGUCAUCAUCACUCAAAUGGCCACUUAGUGGAGUCUGAAUCUGGAAGGCCUAUUCGGUUUGCUACAUUCAAUGUUGCCAUGUUUUCUCUAGCACCAGCUGUUUCAGAAUUUGAUGAGUGGGUUGUUUCCAAUCAUGAACAAGGAUCUAAUAAGAAGAAUUCAACAAGGGUUGAUUUUCCCAAGAGUAUACUAAAGCAAUCUCCAUUGCAUGCUUCUCUGAAUAAAGCUCAGGAUCUUUCUGACUCUAAGAUUAUGCCACGAUCAAAUUUGAAGGUUUCUAUUAAUCUUCCUGAUAAUGAGAUUUCAUUGGCAAAUAGUAGAUUGCUUGCUUCAAUGGAGGGAAAAGAGGGUACAUCAGACACAAUCAUUGGCAGUGUUUCAGGAAGAAAACAAGUCCCAGCAAGGUCUCCUGUAUGCUUUCCUUUCAUUAUGAAUUAUUGUGAGGGCACUGAGAAAUUCACAAGCAGCAGAAGCAUCUUGGAAGUUCUGAGAGAGAUUGAUGCUGAUGUGCUGGCCCUGCAGGAUGUGAAGGCAGAGGAAGAGAAGAGCAUGAAGCCUCUUUCUGAUUUGGCAAGUGCUUUGGGGAUGAAAUAUGUUUUUGCAGAAAGUUGGGCUCCAGAAUAUGGAAAUGCCAUCUUGUCCAAAUGGCCAAUUAAGAGGUGGAAAGUUCAGAAGAUUGCUGAUGAUGAUGAUUUCAGAAACGUUUUGAAGGCCACAAUUGAUGUGCCAUGGGCAGGAGAAAUAAAUUUCCACUCUACUCAACUUGACCAUUUAGAUGAGAAUUGGAGAAUGAAGCAAGUAAAUGCAAUAAUCCGUUCCAAUGACCCUCCCCACAUCUUAGCAGGAGGUCUCAAUUCUCUAUAUGGAGCAGAUUACUCAUCAGAGAGAUGGACAGACAUUGUUAAGUAUUAUGACAAACUUGGAAAGCCAAGGCCAAUGACCGAAGUGAUGAACUUCAUGAGAUCAAAAGACUAUGUUGAUGCAAAGGAUUAUGCAGGAGAAUGUGAGCCCAUUGUCAUCAUUGCCAAAGGCCAAAAUGUGCAGGGGACAUGCAAGUAUGGCACACGUGUGGAUUACAUUUUGGCUUCCCCAAACUCACCUUACCAAUUUGUUCCGGGGUCGUACUCAGUCAUUUCUUCUAAAGGCACUUCUGAUCACCACAUAGUGAAGGCUGAAGUGAUGAAAGUAAACACAUCUUCUCAGAAAAAUGUUAUCAGACAAUGCAAGAAACUAAAGCGGAAGGUUGUGAGAAUAACACCGCCUUGUUCUUCAACAGGUGUAUGGGAAUCAACCCCAUCUCCCAAACUACUAGUGACAUAA